CCCAUAUUUUUUUUUCCGUGCGUUGCUAUGACUCCCAUUGUCUACAUUUGAUGGGAAAAUGGCUACUCUUGUGCGAUUACAGCGGAGCAACGGGUCAAUAAUGCAACAGAUAUUCAUAAGAAAUAAAGAGGCAGAGGAGCAGAGAGAUAUUGAAUACAAGUCGGUAGUGAGGAUACAGGCAUGGUUCCGUGGACAGCGCGUCCGGUCGUACAUCCUUCAUCUCCAUCGCUGUGCUACCAUCUUACAGAAGGUGUGGAGGGGCCAUCUUGGAAGGAGGGUGUACAGGGAAAUGAUUAAGCAACUCAUGCUGGUGAUGAGGAUGAAAUACUAUAACAGAAUGGCUACCCUGAUUCAAAAGAUUUGGAAGGGAUACUACACAAGAAAAUAUGUUGCCAACUACUUCAGUAGAAAGAGAUAUCUUGAAGGUCUCAUUGUCAAAAAUGAAAUCAUUAGGAAAGAACUGGAGGAGUACAAAGUGCAGCAAGAUGAAGAAAAAGCGCAGAAACUACAAGCAGAUAUUAAAGAAAAAGUGUUUGAGGAAGCCAGAAAGAAUCACUAUCUCCUUAGUACCGAAGUGGUGCCUGGUGUGUACAACUCUCCCUUCAAGCCUUACCCAGACGAGAUGGAAUUCAUCUUACGGAGUGUCAAGCCACGCCCUCCCCCUGGUCCCAAGCUCAUAAGAGAGAACAGAUCGGGCAGAGUGGUGGCUCCAAGCCCCCCUCUACCCCUCACUGCCCCCUUGCCACCCAUUGGUCAGAAGCCCCAGGGUCCAUUCAGGGAGCCUCUUGAAGUGCAGAAGCAGAGAUACAAGCCUCUCCAACCGACCCUGAAAGUGGCCACAUCCUACACGUCUGUGGAGGAGGCCAGAGCGGCCAUGAGAGGUCAGGAGUGGGUCAUGAGAGUCAAUGACAACAUUUUUGUGCCUUUCACAAGGAGAGAUCGAGAUUACGAUCCCUUGCUCCACACGACAUCCAAAUAUGGGCAUUUACCGUAUGGUACACACUACUACAGAGAAGGCGAUGAAACAAAACAUAUUACUGCAGAGAGGUUUCAACCAGUUGUUUCCCCAAUCCCCGUCUUCGAUAAGUUAAACGACAACUACUCAAAAGGAACGGAAACGGUACCCUAAAAGAAAGAGCUAUACAGAUCCCUUGUACUGCCCUGAGUUUUUAUGUGUUGCAAUAUGUUGUCCCUUGUUUCUCAUUUUGAAAAUGAAAAACAAUAAUAUGCGUCAUUUGACUAAUAAAUUUCUUUAGAAAAUGUAAAUAUAACUAAAGUAUGCUUUAAUGUACAUAUCUGUAUAUUUUGUAUGUAUUGUAGAAAUGUAAAUAUCUGUAUAUAUUUUGAUAACAAAAUCAUAUUAAAGCUAAUGUACUAAUGUGGAUUUACAUUAAAUCACAAAUUUGCUUUCUCUCUCUCUCUCUCUCUCUCUCUCUCUCUCUCUCUCUUCCUCCACUACAUUAUUAACUGAUAGGAUAAGUAUUCAUUAAGGAAAACAUGAUUUCAAAUAAUGCAGUGUGCAUUCAGUACAUGUUUUAUACUUGAGUCUGGUAUGAUAAUGCCAUGGGACAUUUUUAUGAUCAGUACAUGCAAAGGUCAUAUAUCAAUUGUAUUGAAUGUAUGAACCCAAGCCCCUCCCCCCCCCCCCUUCCAUUCAUCCUGUUAUCCAGGUACCUGUUUGUGUCAUUAUACCAGCCAUUGAACAUGAUCAGUGUUUCCUAUCCUCCAUAAACAUGUGAUCGUUUUUUAAUACGGCAAACAGGAAGCAACAGGAUUGUUUUUCAAGCACCAUUUAUUCCAAGGUUAUUCCUGUUCAUUCAAUGAGGUCUUGCUAUUGUCUUGCAAUAAACAUACGCUUAUCCAUAUCUGCUAUUGAAUUUCCAUUUGUUGGAUUUCAGAUCAUAUAUUCUGAGCUUGAGAUUUGCUAGAGCAUGAUAGAACAAUCUUUUAACAAACUGCUCUAAAUCUGGUACUGAAUUGAAUAUUAUUGGACAAAUAAUCUUCUUGAAAUUUACAAUAGAUUCAUGACUUUUGCAUUUAGAAAAAUAUUGGUUCCAACUAAUAAAAGUUUAAUAAUGAAAAGGGGCAUUUUAUGAUUGAAAACCCCUCUUACACAUUCUUAUUUGUAGUAUGUGCAAGUAUUUAUAAAUAUGGGGUCACUGUUUAUUAGGGUGAAGGUGUUUAUGAAAACUAUUUAACAUGGAGUUCCGCUUCAAAGGAUUAAAAAAUGCCAUAAUACUAGCAUUUCAGACAAAAAUUAUUGGAGAAGUUAUUGAUCAAAA